AUGGGGAAUAAUACGAGCUCGCGUUCGAAGGCUAUUGAUAAGCAAUUAAAGUUAGAAAAGAAGAGAGCUGCCCGGGAAAUCAAAAUAUUGCUUCUCGGAGCCGGCGAUUCCGGAAAAUCAACCAUUAUAAAGCAAAUGAAAGUGAUACAUCACGAUGGAUUUUCAAAGACGGAAUGUGAGAACUUCCGACUUAUGAUUUUUACCAACUUAGUAGGAUCUAUGCAAGCUCUGAUUGAAAGCAUGCAGCGUCUAAAAUUGACCGUCGAUAAUGAACAGAAUUGGAAAUACCUGUCUUAUUUUGAACAUACUGCUCCAUUUCACAUAUCCAUUCACGAACCAUUUCCUAAGAAGUAUUAUGAGCCACUAUUCUCAUUAUGGAAGGACAAAUCCAUUCGAAACACAUUUGAACAGGGGCACACGUUUGCCUUCAAUGAGAAUAUCAAAUAUUUUUUCGAUCAAUUGGAUAGACUAUUUCAACCAGGUUACAUGCCGACAAACGCUGAUAUUGUCCAUUGUCGCAUCAAAACGACAGGAAUCGUUGAGACACAGUUUAAACAAGGUUCCGUUAUUUAUAGGAUGUUUGAUGUGGGAGGACAAAGAAGUGAGCGAAAGAAAUGGAUCCAUUGCUUCGACAAUGUUUCAGCCGUAUUGUUUGUUGCUGCAUUGAGUGGAUAUGAUAGUUGUUUGGUAGAAGACAGAUACUCGAACCAGAUGUAUGAAGCUUUCAUGCUGUUCGAAUCCAUUUGUAAUUCAAAAUGGUUCACCAGUACAUCCAUGAUAUUGUUUUUGAAUAAGGUAGAUUUAUUUAAGGAAAAGAUCAAGCGAUCUCAAAUAGUAGACUACUUUCCAGACUACAAUGGUCAAGCAGAUGAUUUUGAUGAAGCAUGCGAAUUUUUCAGACGCAGGUUCACUCAAUUGAACACAAAUAAAAAUAAGCGAAUUUACGUCCAUUUCACUGUAGCAACGGAUACAAGGCUACUGGCGCGUGUUAUGGAAUCCGUAUCAGACAGCAUACUCCAUGAAAACCUUCAGACACUUUUACUUUGA